AGGAUCUUUGUUUUUUUCGUUUAAUUUUCGUAAUCGUAAUUCGAAGUAGCGGUUGAAAGUAUAAUUUACAAUAAAACUAAAAGCUCUCUAAACAUUGUAAAAAGUCGAGAUGUCCUAAGGUGACUUUGAUUUUGGCUAGAACGGAAGAAAGGAAAUUGGUUAAAAACACGGCGCGGCAUGUCGCUUAGCUUCCAGCACGGUAGACUAAUAAGUGACCUUGUGACGAGGAAAAUGACAUCUCUCGGUGGCGUCGUUGCUAAUGCGAUAAAAACAAAAUUGGAGACUGCUUUACAAACAAAGCAUUUAGAGGUGAUAAAUGAGUCAUAUAUGCACAAUGUACCCAAGGGCGCCGAAACUCAUUUCAAGGUCGUCGUUGUUUCAGAUAAAUUCGAUGGGUUACCAUUGAUUAAGAGACACCGAUUGGUAAAUGACAUAUUACAAGAAGAACUGCGCUCCGGAGUACAUGCAUUAUCAAUAGUGGCCAAAACCCCACAGCAGUGGGAUGUAAGUGAUAAAGUUAUAGAGAGUAGCCCAAACUGUAGAGGUGGAUUUGGAAAGUGAUCUAGAUAUAAUUAUAGUUAUAAUUAUGGACCUUACGUAUAACCUUAAACCUUAGAAUUUGUAAAUAAAGACUUGUGGUCAAAUCAAAACAGUAGUUAAAUAAAAUCCCUUAUAGUACAAGAAACAUAUCUCUUAAGUUAAAUUUAAAAAUUGAUUAGUCUAAUGGCUCUGGCAUUGCAUCAGUGAAAAGCACAAAUACAAUCUUAUAUUUGUUAUAUCAAUAAAUUGUUUAUAACAAUAUUUGUUAGUUAUCUAGGGAAAAUUCAGUUUUGGAUCUUCCAAAUUGAUCUUUUAUUUAUGACUGGCUGUUCUUCCAAAUUGUACUUUUUUAGGACUUUUAUGUUAUGCCAAUGUUUGUUUAUUAUGGCAAGUGGAUAUCAGAUGUUGAAAAUUGUUUUAAUUGUAUUAUUAGGGUCUUAAAAAUAAGACUAAAGAGGUGUUAUGUUAACUACUACAGUUAAUAAUUUUUCCAAUUGAAACAUUGUAACACUGAUUAUAUACGUUUCUGUAGUUAAAUUGUAAUCAUAUGACUGAAUAACACCAAAAUCUUUGGUUUAGUAUUUUGCACCACCUACUUGUAUUCUGCCAUACAUUUUUCAUAUCCAAAAAUAUAAAAAAACAACACA